UAGUGUGUUUUCGUUUUAGAGACAGUAACAUCGAGAAAUGUUGAAUAAUUUCCGAAAUUAUUGAAAAAUAUAAAUUAAAAUAAAUUUUGUAUAACCCGAAACAUACCAAAAUGCGCCUAAUACCUUUCGGUUCGCGUAUAGCUAGCAUAGGCUCGAAAGUUAAUAACACAUUCACCCUGCCGGAACGUUUUAAAGGUACGGUUGUUGAAAAAUGGGCCAACUACUGGAAAGGUCUUCUCACCGACUAUAAAGAUGUAGCCGUGGGUUUGGUCAAAGAAUCUAAGGAAAAACCGCGUAAAGCACUGUUCUAUGCCAUCAGCGGCUAUGGUCUAUAUCAAUGUGCCCAACGCAAUCCGGACGAAGAAGAUUUCCACAAACAAUUUCGUUCAGCGAGUAACAAUUUAAUAUUGGUACACCCUUCGCUACAGAAUCCUAAGUCAGCAUCUUAUAUUAGACGUUUACAGAGCGAUCUAAAUCAAAAUCGUUUAAGAUUUUUAUCUCUGGGAAUAUGCACAAUUUUGUGGGAAGAUUUGUACGAUAAAGAUGAUUGCACCUAUCCAGCACAAUGUGAAUAUACACAAGUAAGCUUCUGGAAUUUCCAUGAACAUAUAGUGGAUGUGGGAUUUUGGAAUCAGUUCUGGCGUUUAAGAUAUGAAUUGUAUAAUUUUGAUGUUAAUUAUUUGUGAUAAGUUUAUGUGGUAGGAACCAAAAACAAUUUUAAACUUCAGAAAACCACAAUGAGUAGAAUUUUAAUAAGUUUGUUAAAAAAAAUAAAAUUUUAAAGCUCAAAUCAUGA